UCAGUACGGAAAGCACACUCUUAAGGCAGGAAGUCCGACUGCAAAUCAUAUGAUUUCGCUAAUAUCUCCGUAGUUACGGGUCGCAGGGGAUUCAGACUAGUUUUCUCAAUGGCAGGAGUACUAACUCUGUUUAGGCUGUGCGCUCUUUAAGCCGAACAGGGUCUUCAAUCAUCCAGUACAGCACGGUAGAGUAUAUUAGUGGUUUAUGUCCAUACCUGGCUCCACCACCUCACAUGUCCGCAACAACGGAUUCAGAAGCUGCCAUUAGUGCGUUCGUGAAUGCCAUACAUCCAAGUUUUGACUAUAUCGUUGUAACCGCUGCUUUUUCUGCUUGUCUGUUUACUCUCUUUGCAAUCCUUGUCGCACUAUCCACCAAGGAAUCUCGGCGCCGCCUGGCAUUCCGACUGAAUGUACUCGCCAUCUGCGUCGUCUCGGUCACAGGGCAUUUUGACUGGCUUGAUUAAUGGGCAAGCGAUAUUCCACCCAUUCAAUCCGGUGUCGACAAGCGUUUACCUUGCCGCAACCGUCUUCACCGUCUUCCCACCAUUGCUGUAUGAUUCGAUAUUGUUAACUCGCCUCUUUGCAAUCUAUCCCCUCUCCACCACACCUCCGAUCACUCUAUUGAAGAUAUUUGCAUUCCCCUUCUGUGUUAAAUGCGCUCGGGUAGUCGUUAUCACAGUUGCCACUCACGACUACUUUGGGUCUGGGAUGACUACCGAAGCUCUCAUCCAGGAUCAGUCCACCGUCUGGUUCCGUAACCAUUACCUCAUUGCUGAGUGGACAAUGCAAAUUGCUGACAACUUGUACUCCGUCAGCCUUUUCCUUUACAACCUCCACACCCGCACAUCACUGAUAAAAAGAGCACGCAGCAUUGCGGAGCGCAUCCGCCAAAUCUUCUAUAUCUCUGUUGCCAAUUUUAUCUUCCCUCUCAUCUUUAACGUUGCACAAAUCAUCUUCGUAACGAUUGAUCGGUCCCCUACUACCGGUGCAACGGUACUCUUGAUUAACAACUAUAUAACCGUCAUGGGGGUAUUGUGCGCGACAUUGUGGUUCUCAGGAUCGGAGCGAGUUCGCACUCGCAAUGAACCAUUACCUGGGUACAUGCUCAACUCACACAGACCAAACUUUGGAAGGGAUGAUGUCACUGGCGGGAAAAGUGGGAGUUCAAUUAUAUUAAUAGGGAGGUCUGUUACACACAGCAACACAGGCUUAGACACCGAGGCGGAUCCUAAGCAACCCACCACCCCGGAGAAAGAGAACAAGCAUAUCUUCGCGUAAUUUACUGGUCCCAUUCGCACGUCUUGUGAUGAUGGUUGACGACGCUCUGAUACUGUACCCGCCGUGACCUUGUUGAAUGUAUGUGUACGUGCAGUGCACAGGAGGGAAUCUUUGUUCUGUGUCUUGGUUUUCACGGUCGUUCUUGCCCUGUAAGCUGACAAGCAUCAACAUAGCAGUGGCUUCUUAGUUUUUUCAAUGAACUCCACUG